AUGCUCACCGCGAGGCCGUGGGUUGGUUUGGGAGGAGGCGCGGACAUCGCGCAGGUAUUCGAAAGAAACCAGGAGGCCACGUUGUAUGUAGGCAACAUCGACGCGCAAGUUGAUGAAGACCUCCUUUGGGAGUUGUUUACACAGGCGGGCGUCGUGCGGCUGGUAAAUAUCCCGAAAGACAAAGUCACUGGCGCGCAUCAAGGCUACGCGUUUGUUGAGUUUGAGUCGGAGACCGACGCGGACUUUGCACUCAAGUUGAUGGGGAUGGUGAAGUUGUAUGGGAAGCCCCUUCGCCUCAGCAAAGCAGCACACGAUAGAAGGACAUUUGAUGUGGGGGCGAAUCUGUUUGUGGGUAACUUGGAUCCUGACCUCGACGAGAAAGUUUUAUUUGAUACAUUUUCUUCCUUUGGAAACGUCGUCUCUGCGAAGGUGAUGCGUGACCCGGAGACAGGGGUGUCUAAGGGGUUUGCUUUUGUCUCGAUGGAGAGCUUCGAGGCUUCGGAUGCGGCGCUGGCUGCAAUGAAUGGGCAGUUCUUGUGCAACAGACCCGUGCAUGUCUCUUAUGCCUACAAGAAAGAUACCAGAGGCGAGCGCCACGGGUCUGCUGCUGAGAGACUGCUGGCAGCAAACCGCCCGGCGAUAGAACGGCCUGGGGGUGGCGGAGCGCCUAAGGAGGGGCCCGUCCCACUGCAGCAGCAAACCGGCAAUGCGCCUUUAGCUGCUAUGUUUGUUGGUGCAGUUGCUGCUCUGUUUGUUACUGCUGCUGCUACUGUUGUGCACGAACUGUGCGCUCUGUAUGCAGCAUUUGGAGGAGUUUUGCCCAACGUGGGCCCUGGGGGCCCCCUGCCGCCGCUACCGUUGCCGAUGAUGGGUUCGGGGCCCGCCGGGUCUCUCCCGCCCCCACCUCUCUUCUUUAUGCCGCGCCCAGGCAUGCCUUUUCCUCCCUUGCCGCUACCGCCUACGAUGGCGGGGGCCCCGAGGCCGGUUCCAGGGGGCCUCGUGGGGGCCCCAGGGGACGCCAGGGGCCCUUCGUCUGCGCCUAUGAACAUGGGGGGGGCCCCUGCCCCGAUGCAUCCGCCUGUGCCGCUGCCAGGGGGUGUUGGUAUGAUGCCAGGGAGUGGACCGAUCCCGCCAGCGCGGCCGCCAACCAUGGGGGCCCCAGGGGCCUCAACAGGGGGUCCCCCGGGGGGCCCCCCUGGGGGCCCCCCGGGGGGACCCGCUGGAGUCCCUUCAGGGCCCUCCCCUGCAAGGCCCCCAACGUUCCCCAUGCAGGGCCCAGGAAUGCCUCCCCCCAUGCGGCCUCCUGUGGGGGCCCCUGGUGCCCCAGGGGUUACGGGGGCCCCAGGGGCCCCCCCUCUUGGCAUCACGCCUAUGGGGGCCCCAGUAGGAGGCCCCCAGAUGGGACUUGCCCCGGGGCCGAGACCUAUGGGCAUGCCGGGAAUGCCAGGGCCCCUACCUCCAAUGCCUAUGCAGGGGCCUCCUACCCAAGGGCCCCCGCAAGGGUUUCAGUCUCCAUCGAAUGUAAUGAGGCCCCCACCUACGGUACUGCCUCCCCCCACAGCCCCAGUGCGUCCUCUUCCUCAGCCGUAA